AUGGCGUCGGAAGAGCAGUGCUCGGCACCACCUCGAUGGAAGUCGAUUUCUUUAACGCAUGUAGAAUAUCCGACCGGUGAUCUGACGGGACAGAUCCUGGCGUACACCAGCCUGUUGCCCAUGGCGAUUUUGGUUGGCUUUGUCACGCUCAUUGUCUUCAAAAGAGAGCUACACACGAUCUCAUUUUUUGGGGGUUUGGUAAUAAACGAAGGGCUAAACUGGCUGCUGAAGCAUAUCCUGCAGGAGCCUCGUCCAUGUGGAGGAGGCCAUAGCACAGUAACCACAGAGUACGGCAUGCCGUCCAGCCACGCACAGUUCAUCUGGUUCUUUGUUGUUUACUUUUUUCUUUUUCUUUAUUUAAGAAUGCAUCAGACAAACAAUGCCAGAUGUGUGGAGCUGUUAUGGAGACAUGUGCUGUCGAUUGUUCUGCUGGGUGUAGCAUUGUCGGUGUCUUACAGCAGAAUUUACCUUCUUUACCACACCUGGAAACAGGUGUUUUAUGGAGGCGUGGUCGGGAUGGUGGUAGGCGUGGUCUGGUUUUUCAUAACGCAGGAAGUUCUGACGCCGAUCUUCCCCAAGAUCGCAGCCUGGCCCAUAUCAGAGUUUUUUCUAGUCAGAGAUACGAGUCUCAUUCCCAAUAUUCUCUGGUUCGAGUACACAGUAACUAGAUCGGAAGCCAGAAACAGACAACGAAAGCUGGGAACAAAGCUCCAGUGAUCGGCACUCUCAGAUGGUUCAAACUGACGAAAAGGACCACGAAAACACAUCCACACAUUCUCUCUCUCUCUCUCUCUCUCUCUCACACACACAUACACACUCAUACACACAUUCCCAACACACAUUCUCUAACACUGGAGAUCGAAUGUUCGGACUGUCCAGGUCGAGGCUUUUUGUUUUCAGAUGGACCAAAUCCCAGAGAGGUCAGACGGACGGGGUCUGUUCUGGAGGAUCGCCCCUCUCCUCUUGUCAUCUCUUUCUGAUGCAUGCUGACCGCGCAAAGAGCUAUUUAACGAGAAUCGAAUAUCGUAAUCCAUAUUUAACCAUUAACGCACGAGGACAAACGUACAUACCCUGAUCUGAUUCAUACCUGGUUUAAGAUAGGAGUGAGAGAGAAAGAUUUUUCAGUGUGUCAGGUGCACUACGUGGCCAAAAGUAUGUGGACAUCCAACAUUUUGAGAACCGAUGAGUUUGUGUUGUUGUUUCGGCCUGCACUCAGCCCUGCCCUCAACCCUACUGAACGGCUUCGUUACGAACCGGACCGUUCUAAAGGCUCUUCCAACUGAAUGGGAUGUAAAGCCUUCCCAAAAUAAGUUACUCUUAUAGCCCUUAAAAAAGGGCUGUUUAAAAAGCUCAUGGUCAGGUGUCCACAUCCUUUCGUCCAUACACUGAUCAGCCAUAACAUUAAAACCACAUCCUUGUUUCUACACUCACUG